UUUAAAAGCCAAUUGACAAACUAGAAUAUAUUCAAAAUGAGCUGGUAUCAAAAGAAGAUCUCACUUAAAUCUAGAUCAAGAGGUGCAUACCUUAUCACUGAAGAAAUAAUAAAUGCCCUACCAGAAUUGAAAGAUUAUAAAGUUGGUGUACUACAUUUAUUUUUACAACAUACAAGUGCUGGAUUAUCAUUAAAUGAGAACUGGGAUUCAGAUGUCAGACAAGAUUUGAAUUUGGCCUUGAAUGAAUUAGUUCCAGAUGAUGUUAAGGGAACCCAUUAUGCCCAUAGCUCGGCUGGUGAAGGUCCAGAUGAUAUGCCAGGACAUAUUAAAUCAACCCUUGUUGGUACUGAUUUAACUAUUCCAAUCUCAAACGGUCGCUUAGCAACAGGUACAUGGCAAGGAAUCUAUCUAUUGGAAUUCCGUGAUUAUCAACAUACAAGAAAUGUUGUCGCUACAAUCAACGGUCAGAAAUAAUUUCAGUAACGUUAUGAAGUUUUGUAUUUAUUGAGAUCUCAAAAUCCAUGCAUUUUAGAAUAUUCAUACGUGUGUUUCUUGUAAUCUUCAAACUUCAAAUUGCAAAUUCAUCAUCUUCGGAGUCAUCAAAAAACGAAGUAAACAGGACAACAGUA